AUGUCACUAACAUUGCAACACAAGAAAAAGCAAAGACAAAAACUGUACCUUGUUUGCUUCAGAAAGCCCUAUUGGGGAGAUUAUCUCUCUUCUGCCUACUGCUCCCCGCAGUCCACAUCCUACUCCUCUUCCUCCUCCUCUGCCGCGAUCGCUGCCAAAGCCGCUUGGGGCGGCAGAUUCGAAGGGCCUGUGGACGGUUGA